GAGAGACGGUUAAUCGUUAUCGGAACACUUAAUAUAUAAGGGCAAAGAAGGAAGAAAUUUAAAUGGCCCUUAUUUAGCCAUUACGUUUCUGAGGCUACAAAACUGAAGGCCACUAGGCAUACAUUUCGUAUCUGUUGAUUAACUUUUUACAGAAGAAAACGAUAAAAGCAAGAGCUGCGCGCGAUAACAGCGUAUAUAAUUGAUUGCUGUAAAGUCACGCUCUAAAUGUGUUUAACCUCAUAAACGUCGGAAAGGCUUUUAGAGUUUAAAACUUAAAAACGACACAAGAAUCUGAUUAAAUAUUACAGAGCCUCUAUCAACGAUGAAUGAUUUGCCAGUAAUCGGAUACCCAUGUUUGUGUCUGGGGAUCGUCAGGGGGCAAACAUUGCUAGUCGCUAGGAGGAAUUGUAUCGCGAAAAGUUGUUUUGAAGUACAAAAAAACGAUUUUUUUCGCCGUCAUCGCACGGAAGUCUUUAAAUCUACCCUGCACUGACAGAGUUCCUUUUUUGCAGAAUGUUCCCCAUUCGAUCCGGCCAAUUUAUCUGCUCUUUGUCGUCUCAAAAGCAUUAAAUUAUUGCUCAAUGUCGGUGAUUUUCCAAUUCCUCCAUCUUUGGUCCAAUACAUGUAUGACUCUCAAGAUCUCCAAAAGCAUCAAGCUUGUGAUUUAAUUUACCACGCCAACACAGAAACAUUCCGCUUAUUCUGUACACAGCACUAAAUUCUGAAAACCUGUACAUAUACACAUGUUAUUUGCCGGCGGAAGAUCCGUAUCGAUAAAAACUCUGACGGGUUCUUGACUGCGACACGAGGCCAUUUCUUUUGGCAUUUACAUAGCAUACAUAGUUUAAAGUGAACCAAAACCUCAAAUUUCUAAAGAGGGGAUGCGAGCGGUAUAUAACUCUGGGUCUGUAUCUUGACAAACUGCCUGGCGUAUAUUAGCAAUCAAAUUAUAAGAUUCAGGAUUCCCGACCACUAAGAUUCUUCAGAAAAAUAUAAUUUCUUUUAUUUCGCUCGGCUUUGUAUUAUCGCGCGUUCAUGAAUUAGUGGCAGGCGUGAAGCUUGCGAGAUCUACUCGCUUUGCUUCAAAUCUGAUUUUGGAACGGUUAGUGAUGUAAUCCGUCGCGAAUAAUUGAGGCACAUGCGUAAUACUAUUACGGCUAAAGGAAGUGCUGAUUAGACGUCUUGAGGUCACGUUUUGUGUAAAAACAUUAUUAUUUGAACUAGCGCGCGCCGCAAGAAAUACUGACCAAGUGUCGGCCUUGCAUGGGAUCUAUGCAACUCCUUUAAUAAAAACUGAUGUCGAAUUUCGCUGUCAUAAACAACUGUUAGAGGUAGAGGAUAGGACGAGUCCGGGGAAUUACCAUUGAAUAAUAGUUGUCGGGCAUGCGCUGUGAAGCAAGGGCUAAUACUAGCAUGUGCAGUAAAGCAAGGGCUAAUACUGGCACGUGCAGUAAAACAAGUGCUGACACUGGCAUGUGCAGUAAAGUAAGUGCUAAUAUUGACAUGCGCAGUAAAGCAAGUGCUAAUACUAAUACCAGGUCAAAGUCGUUACAUUAGAAGAUCUGAAACAAGGAUAAAUCAGGACUGAUGUCAAAUACCACAUACAUCCUUGAUAUCAAGUUAACUAUCAGGAAACUUUUGUGAGCCGUCAAACAGUAUAAAAAACGUUCGCUUGUGAAUCUGCAUCCAUUCUCAGUGGAGAAAGGUUCAAGUCCUCUGCCAUAAGAAGAACGAAGAACUGUCGCUUUUCUGUUGCAAGAAAAAAAUGGAGUUCAAAGUGUUCGUUCUGUGUUUUGCCGUCUUUGUUGCUGCCACAUCUGCAGCGACUGUCUGUAAAUGUGAAGACAAAAAGGACACCGUGUCCAAGUACAAUGUGAAAAUUAAGGAUGGAAAUGAAGAGAUUAAUGAGGAAGUCGAAAUCGACACUGAGAAACAAACGGAGACCUUGAGUAUUCCAAAGACGAACUCGGGGAACGCAGGGGAAGUCAAGGUUGUCGUCGACUUUAAAAAGAACUUAACCAUGCAUCGACUGUCUGCUGCAAAAGCUUGUUUUCUGAGUGACUCCACUGACGAUACGCCUAAACCUGAUGAGCUGCUCAAGGUGCUUGACGAGGAUAGUUCCUCCUCAACGCCAAAGAACGUGUCUGACAGUGAAUUUGAUGUUGUUUCGACCGUCACUGACCGCUCGAUCCUUAGUGAUGAAAUGGCUGAAAUGUGUGCUAAACUGCCCAUUUAUCGCGUCAAGAAGGCUCAACCGUUGCGCAUGAAGCGUCAUCUAUGCCGCUAUAGAUAUUAUUCCUACCGCUAUUGUUACUGGUGCUACCCCGGUUGUUACCGUUGUUGCAGAUACAGAUGGUACCGGCGAUGGGUCUGUUACUAAAACAGGCAUAGGAUAUUUGAGUAAAAAGAUCAGGUUGCCAUGCCAGUGACUGUAUCAUAUUCCCUUUUUUUGAAUGAUUCUAUAAAUGUUAAAUUGUAAAGCUGAUUUAAAAUGAACUUUGUUGAUUAAGUUUAUACCACGGUGUUUUUAUUGUUAUAUAGUUUUAUUACCAUCCCGUUUGUUACUGCUGCCUUGCUUCUAAACCUUUGUUGCUACGAUGUGUGCUGCUGGAGUUGUUAGUAAGAGAGGAGGAAAUAGAAGGAGAGAUACCAACUUAAGUGAAAUGUAGAUCAGGUUGUCUCAGACUAUCAUAUUAUCUUUUUAUGAUGGUUUUAUAUGACAUCUGAACUUCUUAGCACCUGAACGUCUCGAGCUCGCAUUAAAAACACUUUGAAAACUCGGUCUCGCAACUGAAGAAAUCAAAAUGUCUCGGACUCGCGGAGAAAAACGCUAGUCUCGUCGUCUCGCAAAGUGUCGCAUUUACCAUCCGCCACCCCUAAAAACUUGAAUGAACUUUUACAAAAUAAACUGAGCUACUACGUGCGUCCUUAUUGGUCGAUAGCGUGUGUUUAGAUGAGAGUAUGUAAAGACGGUUGGAAGUAUUCUCCAAAGCUAUGCAAACCCUCGACUGCGUCUCGAGUUUGCAUAACUGGCU